AAUUUAUUUGUGUUGGAUUUCAAAGCUCAGUUUCCCUUUAUCCAUUCUGAGACACUACAUUUUGUCCAAACUCAACCCAUGAAUCUCCAACUACAACCGCAACAACCAUCAAUGACAACAUUUUCAACCCAAUUCCUGUCACACACUCUCAAUUUCAGAAACCGCACUUCUCGCCAUUCAAACCCCAAUUUCGUCACUUCCUCAACCCCACUUCUAAGCGAAGGCAACACUAAUGACCGAAGAACAAGAAUCAACCAAGAACGAUUCAGGGUCAAUGAAACAAGGCCCAAACUUGAUCAAAAUUAUGACUUUCGAGACACCAAUUUACUGAAAGCUCUCCGCAGGUCAUGCAAAUCAGGUAAGUACGAUGAGUCUCUCUACUUACUUGAGCAAAUGGUUAAUAGGGGUUAUAAUCCUGAUGUUGUUCUCUGCACAAAAUUGAUUAAGGGUUUUUUCAAUUCUAAGAAAAUCGAGAAAGCUAUUCAGGUUUUGGAGAUUUUGGAGAAGCACGGUGAGCCUGAUGUUUUUGCUUAUAAUGCUGUUAUAACCGGCUUUUGUAAAGCUGAUAGAGUUGAUGCUGCCAAUAAGGUGCUUGAUAGAAUGAACAAGAGAGGUUUGGCUCCUGAUGUUGUUACUUAUACUAUUCUUAUUGGGAAUCUUUGUGGGAGGAGUAUUGAUGAAGCUAUGAAGCUUUUCGAUGAGAUGUUGUUGAGAGGGCUUCGACCUGAUGCAUAUACUUAUACUAUUCUGUUGAAGAGUCUUUUGAAUGAAGGGAAAUGGGAAGCGGGGAAGAGUUUGAUGUCGGAUAUGUUGGAUAAAGGUUGUGAGCCGAGUUCUGUGACAUACAACACGUUGAUUGGCUCGCUUUGUCGUGCUGGUAAAAUUGGCGAGGCUGAGAAUGUAUUGAAGAAUAUGAAGAAGAGAGGUUUGGCUCCUGAUGUUAUUACUUAUAAUAUUCUGUUGAAGAGUCUUUUGAAUGAAGGGAAAUGGGAAGCGGGGAAGAGUUUGAUAUCGGAUAUGUCGGAUAAAGGUUGUGAGCCGGAUUCUGUGACAUACAACACGUUGAUUUCUGCUUUUUGCAAAGAAGGAAAAGUAAAUUUGGCUAUAGAGUAUUUGGAUAACAUGAUAUCAGAUGGUCGUUUGCCUGAUAUUGAUUGCUAUAACUUGAUCUUGGCUUCUCUGCGUAACAGUGGACAGGCUGGUGAGGCUUUGAACAUCUUUGAGAAGCUCGGUAAAGUGGGUUGUCCUCCAAAUGCAAUUUCGUAUGAUAUAUUGUUUGGUGCAUUGUGGUGCAGCGGCAAUAAAAUUAGAGCGUUACGGAUGAUUCUGGAGAUGUUAAGCAAAGGCAUUGAUCCUGAUGAGUUCACCUAUAAUUCACUUAUUUGUUGCUUGUGCCGAGAUGGAUUGGUGGAUCAGGCAAUUGAGUUGCUGGUUGACAUGAUGGAGAGUCACAAGUUUCAGCCUACUGUUAUUAGUUACAAUGCUGUUAUUCGUGGAUUGUGCAAGGUGCAAAGAGUCAUAGAUGCUAUUGAGGUGCUUGCUGCUAUGAAUGAGAGAGGAUGCUUGCCAAAUGAAACAACCUACAGAUUGUUGAUUCAAGGGAUUGGUUUUGGAGGAUGGCGAAAUGACGCGAUGGAGUUGGCUAACUCACUUGUUAACAUGGGUGCUAUAUCGGAAGAUUCAUUCAAACGUUGGAACAAAACGUUUAUUUUAGACUUAAUCAUUUGAUCCCUUAACUUAAUUUAAAGUUCCACUUUAGUCCUUUAUUUAAUAAACGUUAGUUUUAAGUCCCUCAAAUGUGAUUCCGUUAGUUACAUUGGUCCUAUCCGUUUAAUUUUGUCAACUUCCGUUAAUUUGUGCAUAGGUGGCACUCCAGCUGGAUGUUUAUUAAAAUUAAUUUGCCGAGAGGAAUGUAUUUUGCUGAAUGCAAAUCUUAAAAUUAAUUUGUGUUCUCAUUUACC